ACCCGGCUCUUCCUAGGUCCGCAGGCAUUCACUCUGGGGAGCAACAGUCACUGCUUGCAGCCAGAUUCGUGCGCUAGCCUGACAUGGCGCCAGUGAAAAGUUAUAGAUGAACCAGGCAGUGCUUAGCUGCAUUUACCCUCACCAGCUGCUGUCAAGGAACAGGGAAUUUCAUUAGGGGCUCAAGGAAGGCUUACGUAGGAAGUGACCUAAGGUGGGAAGGAUAUGGAGCGAGAGAAAGAAGAAAAGAAAAUGCAUGGAUGUGAGAAAUAGAUCUGUGCAGAUCCAAUCAAGAGACAGAAGCCACACAGUAUGGAGGGUCCUCAAACAAGUCAAAACACAACUAGCUUAUGGACAAUCACAGGAGCAGAAAAGAAAGCUCGGGGACACUCCACAACAGGACAGCUGAUAAGAGUGCAAGAAAUGGACUCCGAAGUCAAGGAAGAAAUCCCUGUGCAUGAAGAGUUCAUUUUAUGUUGCGGAGUUGAAACCCAGGUUCUGAAAUGUGGACCCUGGACUGAUCUCUUGACUGUCAAGAGUGCCGAUAGGCCUAAGCUGCUGAUUUUCAUUAUUACUGGGAAUCCAGGUUUUGCUGCUUUAUAUGUACCGUUUGCAAAGGCCUUGUUUUCUUCGAUAGACAGACGCUUUCCGGUUUGGAUUAUCAGUCAUGCUGGGCACACCAUGGCCCCCAAAGACAAGGGGACUCUUACAACCUGUGAUGAUGCACAUGCUGGAAACGUCAAGGACGUCUAUGGACUCAGGGGUCAAGUGGAGCACAAGGUCGCCUUCCUGAGGACCCAUGUGCCCAGAGAGAUGAAGCUCGUGCUCAUUGGCCAUUCAGUGGGCUCCUACUUUUCACUUCAGGUUUUGAAGCAGGCGCCUGAGCUCCCUAUCAUCCACGCCUUCCUGCUCUUCCCAACAAUCGAGCGCAUGUCCGAGUCACCCAACGGCAGGAUUGCCACUCCCCUUCUGUGCUGGUUCCGCUAUGCUCUGUACGCGACCGGCUACUUACUGCUGAAACUCUGCCCUGCAAAAGUCAAGUCCUCUCUGCUUAGUGCGGCCCUUGGAAAGAUGAACAUGCCGAAUGAGUUCUCGAUCGUGAACAUGCUGGAGCCAUUCUGUCUUGCAAAUGCAGCCUACCUCGGGAGCCAGGAAAUGAUGCAGGUGGUAGAGAGAGACAACGAAACCAUCCGAAAACAUUUGCCCAAGCUUACCUUUUACUAUGGUACGAUCGAUGCUUGGUGUCCAACAGAGUACUAUGAAGACAUAAAGAAAGAUUUCCCAGAAGGAGAUAUCCGGCUCUGUGAGAAGAACAUACCUCAUGCUUUUGUCCUCUACUCGUACCAGUAUAUAGCUGACAUAGUAGCUGACUGGGUAAAGAAUAAUCUGUUCAAGAUAUAAAAACAGGCACCACUGGCUGGGAUAUGGAUCGACCUGCCGACGCCCAUGUUCAGCGGGGAAGCAAUUACAGCAGCCAGACCUUCCACCUUCUGCAUCCCACAAUGACCCUGGGUCCAUACUCCCAGAGGGAUAAAGAAUAGAAAAGCGUGGUCCGGGAGGUGGCGCAGUGGAUAAAGCACUGGACUCUCAAGCAGGAGGUCCUGAGUUCAAUCCCCGGCAGCACAUGUACCAGAGUGAUGUCUGGUUCUUUCCUCCUAUCUUUCUCAUUAAUAAAAAUUAAUUAAUUAAA